CAAGCAGCAAAAUCACGGCAUAUGCACCUUAGCAACUUGUAGAAGAAAGACGGUGAAUUGGCCUCCACAUCGUCGCACUUGCUAUUGAGAAUCAUCUAAAUUGAUUGAAAGCCGUGCAUUGAAGAUCUGCAAGAUGAAGUCUACUGCAAAGGCUCGUGUUCAGGCCCUGAGCGAACAGCUCAAUGAACCUCCGCGGAGUCCUGGCGCAUUUGAAGAUAUUCCUCAGAUCCCAACCGUAGCAGGUAACUCAGCAGGACCACGGACACAAGGCAAGGUUGUCAUAAUUACUGGCUGCAACUCCCCGUUGGGAAUCGGUCGUGCCUCAGCUCAUCAAUUCGCCAACAAUGGCGCCAAGGCAAUUUUCAUUUGCGACUGGAACACCGACCAUCUUGAAACCCACAAGCGCGAGAUCAACUCACUCUAUCCCAAUGUCGAUAUCCACACGCGGAAAGUCGACGCCGGCGAUGAGAAGCACGUCGAGGCCCUUGUCGACGAUGCUCUGAAGCUUUACGGUCGUCUCGAUAUCUUCUUCGCCAAUGCCGGAAUCAACAUCUCAUACCAGAGCGUCCUCCAGGGCUCUUCGGAGGACUUCAUGGAGACGAUGCGUGUCAAUGCAUUAGGCGUAUUCUUGGCUGUCAAGCACGGCGCUCGCGGCAUGCUCGAGACAUCAGCUGAGAAGAAGUACCCCGGAGGUUCCAUUGUUGGCGUCGCCUCGGUCGCAGGCCUCCGUUCAAAUGCCGGACCGACAGACUACUCGGCUUCCAAAGCGGCCGUCAUCAGCAUAAUGCAGACUAGCAGCUAUCAGCUGAAGGGCACAGGAAUUCGCUGCAACGCGAUCUGCCCUGGCAUCAUUGAGACGGGUAUGACCAGUCCCAUGUACGAGUCGGCACGUGCGAGGGGCUCAGAGCAAAAGAUCGGGCAACUCAACCCACUUAUGCGCGGCGGGGUAUCGGACGAAAUUGCGCGUGUCGCCUUGUUCCUGGGCAGUGACGAAGCGAGUUAUGUCAACGGUCAAGCGUGGGCAGUAUGCGGAGGUCUAUCAGCAGGACAUCCUUUUGUACCAGGUAGAAUGGCAUGAUCGCCUAUCGACGUUUGUAUCUAUGUCACCAGACACCUUACUAAAUUCAUUAUACUUGAUGUAAAGGGAUCAAAAGCUGCUACUAUGCAAAUGCUAAUUACUAUCAAACGACCACGCCACGA